ACCCUUGUGCUGAGUGUUCCAUCUCCGAGUACCAGAGACAUCUUUCGCAGAAACAUCGAGCAAAUCCGAGCAAAAAACGAUUGGCAUUAAAUGCCUCCCGGUCUAUUGUGCAAAAUAAAUAAGCAACCCCUUCUAAUUGGCUCAACCUAGCUUAAAUUAGUUAAACCAAAAAAAACAUUCUGGGACAUAUUUCGAUCUUUGCGAAAUAUUCCCCAAGCCCCCAUUUGUUGCGGACUUUGAGUUUGGCCUUUGAAUGCUGCUGCAGCAGAGCGGAAAAAUCAUCAACCUCGAUCAGCAUUUCGCAGAGUGCUGGAACCGAAGCUCCCUAAGAAACUUUGACUUUUUCUCCUUUCUGAGCGCCAUUUCCCUAAGUGUUGCUAAGAUGGCCGCCAUUCCCCAAGGUGCAUUCGCUGCCUGCAAGAUCCGCGAGCAAUUCAACGAACGGGAGCUGAUUGUCGCCCGUCUGAGGUCCGCUGCUUCCGAUAAGGGUUCCGUUGACAACGGCAACGGUCUAACCCAGCGCGAGUACUCGCCAAACAAAUACAACGACAAGCUAAUGAACUCCAUCUGGGGAUUGUACAAUCGCUAUUCCCCCCAUAAUGUGAAGAAGAACGAGUACGCCCCCACCAAGUGAAGACCUAAAGGUGGGCCCGAUGGCUUCCUCCAGGUCCAGCUGUCGUGCCCCAACUCCGCCAGCAUCCCCACCAGGAUGUUGGCUCAACUCUUAUUAUAUAUAUUCCCCUAAAACUAUAAUCUCAUACUCUAUAAUCUCAAAUAAUCAAUUAAUUGUUUGUAAUUGUCCAUAAAUACCUAUGAUAUUUUAUGUAGACCAUAUACUUUCAACUUAUCAAUUAAAACACUUGACAAUCUUUAGUAACAAAUAUCUAUUUAAUUCUGUAAUGUUUUGUAAAUUUCAAUAAAUACUUAUGAUAUUGUAUGUAAAGGGACAAAA